GGAGAAACAUUCACUGGCACCCAUAAAAACCAAAUUUAUCUUUCAGCUUCCCCACUUCUCUCCAUUGAUAACACCCGUUCCUUCUUUUUUCAUCUCUCUAAAAAUCUCCAAUAAUUUCUUUCUUUUUCAUUCAUUUAAACCCAUUGUGCCUACAUUGGUUGAAAGUUUUCCAUAAAAAUCUUCGUUUUAUUUGUCAUAAAAUUGUACGCUCAAUUACUACCUAUUGUUGAAUUAUGGGAAGGAAGAAUAGAGGAACAACGAAAGGAAGAGUCUCAAGAAUUGGAAGCUAUGCUAUUGCCGAACCCAAUUCAAUUUCUUGUACCACUUUUAAUAUUCUCGCACCCAUUUAUAAAAGACUCAAUCUUGAGGACCAGAGUUGCAGAGAAAGCGAUUACAGGGCGAAUUGGUUGAGCAGGAAUCAUAGGAUAUUGGAUUGGUUGUUGUACGAGAGGUCUUCCAUUAUGUGUCUUCAGGAAUUCUGGGUUGGGAAUGAAGAGCUUGUUGGUAUAUAUGACAAGAGGCUAGGAGAUGCUGGAUAUAUUAAUUUCAAGCUUGCUCGAACCAAUAAUCGUGGUGAUGGUCUGCUGACCGCCGUUCAUAAGGACUACUUCAGGGUUAUAGCCCACAGAGAGCUGCUUUUCAAUGAUUUUGGAGACCGUGUUGCUCAACUAUUGCAUGUUGAACUAAUUGCACCUUAUGCACAAUGUCGAAACAAUAACGUUCGGCAAGAAAUGCUGAUAGUGAACACACACCUUUUGUUUCCUCAUGAUUCAAGUUUGUCCUUGGAAAGACUGCGGCAGGUCUACAAGAUAUUGCAAUAUGUGGAAUCAUAUCAGAAAGAAAAUAAGCUUAAUCCCUUGCCAAUUAUACUGUGCGGUGACUGGAAUGGAAGCAAGCGUGGCCAUGUUUACAAAUUCCUCAGAUCUCAAGGAUUUGUAUCAUCAUAUGAUACUGCUCACCAAUACACUGAUGCUGAUGCACACAAGUGGGUGAGCCACCGUAACCACCGUGGGAACAUCUGUGGUGUGGAUUUUAUAUGGCUUUUAAAUCCAAAUAGCUACAGGAAAUUGCUGAAAACAAGUUGGGGAAAUGUAAUUUUUGGAAUGUUCAAGUAUCAACUUCGCCGAGCCUCGUUGACUGAGAAUGAUGCGUUUGCUUUCCUCAAAGCUGACAGUGAUGGUGAUUACAUUACGUAUGCUGGGUUUUGUGAAGCGCUCCGUCAGCUUAAUCUGAUUGGACAUUGCUAUGGGCUGAGUGCUGAGGAAAUAAAGGAUUUGUGGUUGCAAGCAGACAUUGAUGGAAAUGGAGUUCUUGAUUACAGUGAAUUUCAGCAGCAGCGGGUAUGGAAUCCUACAUGGUCAGAGCAAAGAGAUGGAAUAAGCGAUGAGGCAUCGGACGACGACGUUGUUAGUGAUACCGAAGAAACAAUUGGUUUUAGUGUCAAGAAUGCAGUUCUCUUCCCCACAGAAGUUGAGAAAGGAACAUGGCCUGAAGAUUAUUCACUUUCUGAUCACGCCAAACUCACUGUGGUAUUUUCACCUGUAAGAAUGUUAUGCUGUCAAUUGUCCCGAUAGUUUUUUGAAUGUUGAUUGCCUUGAACUGAAAUCUUAAGUAGAAAAGGCCUGAGGAAUGUAGCCAGACUACAAGAUUCUCAAACUGCUGCCUGAGUUCUCGACUGGAGAGACUUAUGCUUGGUUCCCAACUGAACUCUGAUAAAGAUUAUAAUACCAUCUUGAGGCACAGAUAGGGAUGCUAAGUAUUAUAGUACAAGUGGUGCCCGCUCCUUCCGAGUAUUUGGUAAAGUGGUGUCUGAUGCCUGUAUCUUCCAGUUCAUUCAAAGUGGCUGUCUGCAUCGAUGAAGACCUACUCUGACUUUCGAGCAUAAUGGGGUUCAUAUCUUCAUAUCCUCUUGUUACCUCUACCUGUUCCAUGCUGGUAUUUUAAGGUAGAGGUAGAAGUAUAUAUAGAGGAAGCAGGACGUGUAAAUAUUUUGCUAAUGAAAGAUGUAGCUUAGUAACAAUCCUCUUUGUAUUCGACUGAGCAUUUUGACUGCUGCAAUGUUCAGUCUGAUAAUUGCAUUGUGUAUUACAGUUGCAACAACUACUCAAGUUGCUGAAACAGUAACAAAGAAAAACAUUGCGUGUGCACUUGGUUCUUUUUA